UUCGGGUCAAACCCCGGGGGAACCGGAGCAGACGAUGCGGGGGCUGUGCUCGGGAAGGCGCUCGCCCUGUCGCGGUGCGGGCGGCCCGCGCCGCCUGGCAGACUAGGGCACAGCAGGACGGACGGGCUGCCCCCACACAGGCUAAGCCAGCCAUCCCCUCACGGCUCACAGCCGGGCUGAGCUGCAGCUGCCCCGCAAGGAGCAGCCGCGGCACCCCGCUGGCGGGGCAGCCCUCAGGCUCCGCGUCCCGGCCCCGCCGCGCCCCCGGCCGGUCACAGCGCUGGCAGCCCUGAGGCCUCUGCACAGCUCUGCCCCGCAGUGCCUCACCCCGGCUGCCGCCGCAGGGCCGAACAGGGCAGGGGAGCGCGGGUCACAAUUAACAGAAUUAAAAACAGGCUUUGAAUAAACUGAACACCCGGAGAGGCUAGAAAUUGUUGUGCAGGUGGCACGUUAGGAGGAAGGUGAGUGGUAUUAUUCAGACAAAGGUAAUCCAAGACUCCUCAGCGCGGGAGCUUCGACUACCAGGAUGGCCUGGGACUCUUUGUGCAGCCAGGACUUACGGCGGCCUAGGAUAAGAAGUGCCUCAAGCUGGAUGCCCGACAGUGGGAGCAGCACUGGGACACCAUCCCUGGAGGAGCUGCGUCGCCUGCUCUGCACUCGCACACACCCCACAGGACACGUGGAUGAAGUCUGGCCAAACCUUUAUGUGGGAGACCUGUAUGUCGCUCGUGACAAGGCACAGCUGAGCCGCAUGGGCAUCUCCCACGUUGUGAAUGCCGCUGCCGGGAGAUUUCGCAUCAACACUGGGCCCAAGUUCUACAAUGACUUGCCUGUGGAUUACUAUGGAGUAGAAGCAGAGGACAACCCAAACUUUGAUCUCAGCAUUCACUUCUAUCCAGUUGCUCAGUACAUCAGAGAAGCACUGAAUUCCCCAAGAGGCAAAGUACUGGUUCACUGUGCAAUGGGAAUCAGUCGGUCUGCAACUCUUGUCCUCGCUUUCUUAAUGAUCUGUGAAGGUAUGUCCCUCACCACCGCCAUUGAGACUGUGCGCUCCCACAGAGGGAUCUGCCCCAACUCCGGCUUCCUCCAGCAGCUUCGGGACUUGGACCUCCGGUUAGGAAGGGGCACAGGCAGAGGAGCCUGCUAGUGCCAAGAAGUUUUGUCUCCUGGCACCAGCCCAAGAGAUGCUGCCCUCUCUGAAGAGUGCAAGGAUGCUGUCAGGACUGCUUUGUAGCUGCACCGAGAAAAUCUGGGGAAAGGCUGAGCAUGAGCAAACUGUUAGGAACUGUCAGGCAUGUAUUUUUUGCAUAAGCGCACUAAUAGGAAAGAAAAUGGAAUAAAGGAUUCAAACUGGCA